AUGACUAUUGUAUAGUCACUAAUUAUUGAUAAGAUAUUUAUUAAUCCAUCUUAUGCUACAGCUGGAAGAGGAUUCCAUAUUGCUACUUAAAGGAAAGCUCAAUAUUAAUUAUUAACUCGCAUUUUUCCAAUACAAAUACUUUAUCACACGUUUCAAUAUUUUCUAUUGGUGGAUCUUCCUUCAGGAAGAAGUAUUGAAUCAUAUCAAUACUUUGAUGAAUGCACAUACUCUUUAUCAAUUACAAUUUUACUUUUUUAGAAUCAUAGCUUUAGAUAAAUUCAACAAUCAAAAUAAAGGAUUAUACGAUUCAAGUUGCACAUUAAAACCUAUGGCAUUUAAUUUAACUUCAUAAUCAGAAGCUACACACGUUACAUAUAGUCUAUCGAAAUAUCAUGCUUUUUAAAUUAAAACACUAGGGAUUAUAAUUUAGAUGAUUUAGUAUAUUGGAAUCCAAAUUAUGAUUAGGACUAGGUUCUUCUGAUUUCAAUUGAGUGCAAUGAAAUAUCAGAACCAUUUUAUAGGUAGGAUCCACCAUAUUUUAUUCAGUCUUCGAUUAAUAAUUACAAGUUGCUUGUAGACAUCAGAACAUUCUAAUGUCAAUUAAGUGAGUUUCUAAAUUAGACACCUGGAUGGUGUAGGAUUUGCGAUAAAUUUCAAAAUUUAUUAUCAAUUACUAGAAAAGCCCUAAAUUGCAGUUACAAAGACAAUACGAAAAUUAGACUGAUAGAAUCUUCAAUGAUUGAAUUAAGACAAUAUUAUUGGAGAGCCUAUAACUAUAGUUAAAAUAUUGAAUAUUGCUAUCAAUUCCCUAAAAAUUGUUAAGGUUGA